CCGAUGGCUUCAUCGGACAGCGGUGUCGAAUCAGCGGCUGAAGUCGAUCUCACUGAGAUGAAGGCUACGGAUUCACCGAUGAGUCGUGGCGCUUCAUCACCACGUGAUCGUUGCGACCUGCUGUUGUGUGGUGAUUGCCACGCACAGUUCCCGAUUGCCCAUUUCAGUGUCUUCAUCGAACAUAAGGUAUCGAGCUGCAGUGGGAAGACGGUACCAUCUGAAGUCACCAACGGUCGGCAUAGUCGUAGAGGAAACUUCGGUCACAGUGGGAUGCCUCGAUGUACUCGUUCGUCGUCGGCAAAUCCGUUGAUGAUCAACUACCAUAUGACAAACAUGGACGUCACCACCGACACUGACGAUCUGGAUUCGCUAGCGAGAAGUGUCACCUGUCACUCGUGCAAGCAACGACAUAACGACAUCUGGGAACUGUUAAAGCACUGCUACACCGCUCACGGCCUUCGUGUUUGUCAGGUAUGCAAGCCGGAUAUCUUAACAUUCCAUCCAUUUUCAGACAUUACAAAGAACCUGCAACCGUCGAUUAAGAGCGCCUUUUCUUUGAACGCGUUCUGUUCGGAGCGUUUGAAGGAGAUAGCCGAGAAGUUGAUCGUUGUGGACGACGGUGAACUUGCCGAACCGGCUGCUCGACGUCAGGUGAAUGUGAAGAAAGAACGUUGCACUUUCUGUAGUAAGGUGUUCACGAAUCGUUCGAAUUUGAUUGUCCAUUUACGAAGUCAUACUGGUGAGAAACCUUACCAAUGCAAGCUGUGCCCAUAUGCUUGUGCUCAGAGCUCGAAACUCACCCGACAUAUGCGCACACAUGGACAACAGGGCAAGGAGACGUAUCGUUGUUACAUCUGUCAGAUGCCGUUCUCCGUCCAUUCGACAUUGGAGAAGCAUAUGCGGAAAUGUGUUGUGAAUAAUAGUCAUCAAGCUAACGCUCGUGAUGCCUCUCCAGCAACAGAUCGACCACGCCCUACUCCAUCAGCUUUAGCAGAUGCUACUUCAUUGCUGGCGCUAUCCAAUCCUCCUCAACAGCCAACGUCAUCGGUCUCACAAAGCAACCAAAUCGUUCUCAACUGGUUACAGGUCAGCAAAUCAUGGGAAUUUACCGCAAAAAUGUCGCUUGAGACCUUGGAAACCGUUACGCACUGGCCUUCCUAUCCGGAAUCUGUUUUUUCCCAAUAA